AAUCACUUCCCUUUCUCGGAAAACAAGGAAAUCCUUAAAGAAGUUAAAAACAACAUCUGCAAUCAAUUUUUAUCGCUUAGUCCUCGUAUGCGCCUCUAGAUACCCCGGCGGGAGCUCACUGUGCAUUCAAAAGAGCGAUACAGUACCAGAUAGUUCAUUGAAUAAGAGAAGGGAGAGAAACGUAAGAGCAAAAUGAGUUCAAAGUAUUCCAGUCCCGAGGAGUUUCUAGAUUACGUCAAGAGAAAGAAUCCUGGAGAGCACGAAUUUCACCAAGCAGUAGAAGAAGUGGUCAGUAGCCUCUGGGAGUUUCUUGAGAAGAAUCCCAGAUACGAUCAGGAAAACAUCCUGGAAAGGUUGGUAGAGCCAGAGAGAGUGGUCAUGUUCAGAGUCCCUUGGAAAGAUGACAAAGGUAACUUCCAAGUCAACCGUGGAUACCGAGUGCAGUUCAGCUCUGCUAUUGGUCCGUACAAGGGCGGUCUGCGUUUUCAUCCCACUGUUAACCUGGGGAUUCUGAAAUUCUUAGGAUUUGAACAAAUUCUCAAGAACAGCCUCACAACUCUUCCCAUGGGUGGUGGUAAAGGUGGCUCGGAUUUUGAUCCCAAGGGAAAAACCGACAGCGAAGUGAUGAGUUUCUGUCAAUCAUUCAUGACGGAGCUGCAGAGGCACGUGGGUCCAGACACGGAUGUUCCCGCCGGUGACAUCGGCGUUGGGGGCCGGGAGAUAGGGUACUUGUUUGGACAGUACAAGCGGAUCCGAAACGAGUUCACUGGUGUGCUGACUGGAAAGGGCACGACCUGGGGAGGUAGCUUACUGAGACCGGAGGCUACUGGAUAUGGCUUGCUGUACUUUGUUCAAGAGAUGCUCAAUUCUAAAGGUGACAGCAUCAAGGGCAAACUGGUCGCAAUCUCUGGCUCGGGAAACGUGGCUCAGUACGCCACUGAAAAAGCCACUGAGCUUGGCGCCAAGGUGAUCACGCUGUCAGACUCGUCCGGUACUAUCCAUGAUCCAGACGGCAUCACGCCAGAGAAACUGGCGUAUGUGCUUGAGCUGAAGAAUGUCAAGCGAGGCCGGAUUAGUGAGUACGCUGCGAAAUACGGUGUGACUUACCUGGAAGGAAAGAAACCGUGGGGCAUCAAGUGCGACGUGGCUCUUCCCUGCGCCACACAGAACGAAGUCAGCAAAGAAGAUGCCGAGGAACUGGUCAAGAAUGGAUGCAUCUGCGUGGCGGAAGGUGCCAACAUGCCAACACAACCAGAAGCGGUCAGGGUGUUGCAGAAGAACAAGGUACUGUUUGGUCCAGGCAAGGCCUCGAACGCCGGGGGCGUGGCAGUGUCCGGUUUGGAGAUGACCCAAAAUAGCAUGAGAAGUGCUUGGACAAGGGAGGAAGUUGAUGCUAAAUUGCAGCAAAUUAUGAAAGCAGUUAAUCUGCAGUGUGUCAAGUACGGCAAAGGGGAAGACGGCUCUGUGGAUUACGUGAAAGGAGCCAACAUCGGUGGAUUCGUGAAAGUGGCUCAGGCCAUGUUGGAUGAAGGACUAGUUUGAGAAGCUAUGUCAAACUUGAAUCAAGGCUCUUUAGAUUAAUUUCAUUCCAUUUUGAGACUUUCUUUAACUGAACAGAUUAAACAUUUUCAGAAGCUAUGGUUAAUAUAAUAACUGAGUCUAAGAUUUACUGUGAGAGCGGAACAUGACUUUAUAUCAAUAGUCGAACGUUUUAAGUUGGAAGUAGAUUUUAGCACCAGUUUAACAGGUUUACCGCAAAGUGCGCUAAUUUGAUUCCUUUUAGGCGGGAUUGUAAUUUGUUUAAAACUCGUUAACAAAGUAUAGCUUGUUUGUUUCACUGGCCUGGAUUCUUUUUUUUUGAGUAUUGAUUGACAAAUAAAUUGCUCAAAAGCUCUUUUGCAACGAGA